CGGAUAAAAUCUGCUCGUGCGGCAGCUUCUUUACUGUAUUCCCAUGGAAAGUAUCAUGAGGCAAGCUCGUUUCUAGAGCGUGCGGUUAACUUGAUGCCAAGUGUCAAUCUCCGAAUCUUAAACCGAGAUGACCAACAACACAUAUUGUCGGAGCUUUCUGGGCUAUCUUCAACUGCUGCUUCUGUUGCCCUGCAGGCUGGGAGAGAACCCUACCACAGUCUUAAGUUGCUAGAGCUUGGUCGUGGAAUAAUUAUGGGCUUUACAAUCGACUCCAGGUCUGAAGUUUCGGAUCUUGAAACCGAUUACCCGCUUGAAUUCACUCAAUUACAGCGCCUUAGGCUUGAGAUUGACUCGCCAAUUGAUGAAACAAAUAGCACAAGUGACGAGACACCUGGCCAAAACCGAAACCGUGCUAUAUCCAGAUGUUGGGAAGCUGUCAAUGAGAUGCAAGCAAUUCUGGCUCGCAUCCGGGCGUUCCCUGGCUAUGCGGGAUUCUUGCUUCCGCCUCCUCGGGAGGAUCUGAUGGAAAUGGCAAUAAAUGGCCCAAUUGUUGUCUUCAACUGCACUUCUUAUAGGAGUGAUGCAAUAAUUGUCACUACCUCUGCUAUAACUUCAUUAGAGCUUCCAGGAUUGAGAUUCGAAGAAACCAGCGAUUGGAUGAGGGAAUUGGCUAGUUUCGGAGGAGGUGGGUUGUUUAAGCGGGGUCAGGACAACAGACGAAUGAAGGAACUCCUCAUAUGGUUAUGGGAUGCAGCUGUGGGGCCCGUUUUUGGCUACCUUGAAAACCGCAAGACCAUUAUUAGUGAGGGCAUUCAGGCCUCCAAUUUGAAUAGGGUAUGGUGGAUUGGUGUGGGACAAUUAAGCAUGGCACCUUUCCAUGCGGCUGGUUACCAUUCGAGAGGCUCAACGCGGAACACUUUAAGUCAUGCCAUUUCAACAUGUAUCCCGACGAUCAAAGCCCUCACCUAUGCACGUCAAACAGAUUUCCGGUUACUCGACGGAUAUGGCGCUUUUUCGGCCGGACACUCUGAGAAAGAAAGAAUUCUCAAAAAACGGAAACCCCGCUUACUCCUCGUUCCCAUGCCAAAAACACCCGGUGCGACAAGUCUACCUGGUGUCGAAAAAGAAGUUCAGCAUAUAUGCCAUUUAGUCGCUCAAAAUUCGAUUGGGGCCAAGGUAUUGAGCAACCCAACUCCCGCCGAAGUCCUGGAGCAAGUUCAAUACAAUGACAUUGUCCAUUUUGCAUGCCACGGAGUGUCUGAUACCAACCCUUCCGAUAGCCACCUAGUUCUGUUCACCCCUGAUGGGGUUGGUGCUGGUAAACUGCGGGUUCGAGAUAUAUCGGACAUGGUCACACAGGAUGCCCAGCUUGCGUAUCUUUCAGCCUGUUCCUCAGCUAGGAACACCUCAGCCAUCUUAGCUGACGAGGUCAUACAUCUAGCUAGCGCAUUUCAACUGGCCGGAUUUAGUCAUACGCUUGCAAACUUGUGGGAAACGGAUGACAAUUCAUGUAGUGAAGUCGCAAGAGACUUCUACAACUUGCUUUUCCAAUAUCAAGAAAUGGGUGAUGGGCAUCUGCGCGUCUCCGCUGCUUUUCACCGGGCCGUGAAGAAAUUUCGGGAGCAA